UCCUUCCAUACUUUCAUUUCCAUGCGGUUACUUCUGUGCUGCUGCUCAAAGGCUGUGAGAUUUUUACCUUGGAGAAUGAGGAGGGGCUUAAUUGCCUCUGCUGAAUGAUUCUCUGAAUUUCAUCCAGAUGUGAUUUCUUGGAUUAACAUGUGAAAGGAAUUGCCAACAGAGUAGCUGCCAAUGCCAGAUGCUGAAUCUGCAGCUGCCCAGACAGAGAAGAAGAGGAGAUCCACUGAUUUCCCCUUCUCUGUAGUACUGAGUUGCUCAACUAGCAGAGGGUGGUGCUGGCUUGCAGGAUGACCCCCUUAUCCCCAAUGGAUCGAGUGUAAGUUUUGCAGACUAUUGAUCCCAAAGGAUUGUUUCUGAUACUUUUCCCUUGCAAAAAAUAUGUCCUUCAGGGAAGAAUGAAAAGGAUUUGUGUGUGUGUGUCUGUGUUCAACCGCUUUUCUUUUCAUCCAUCCAUCCUGUCCGAGUCUCCAGUUGUUCUUUCUCAGUGCCUGUAAGGAUGUCCAAAGUUGGAAAUUUUUUGGUAUAGCUCGGGAGAACCCCUACAUUUCUUGUUAUGGCUUUAGUGGAUGGAUUACAGUACCGUGCUCUCUAUGAAUAUAAGAAGGACCGGGAGGAAGACUUGGCUCUGUCUCCUGGAGACCUGCUCACAGUCAGCAAAGCAUGUCUUCUUUACAUGGACUCUAAGGAGGGAGAUGAGAGGAAUCCCCAAGGCUGGCUGAAUGGCUUCAAUGAACGUACCAAGGAAUGGGGAGAUUUCCCAGGCACUUAUGUGGAGUACCUGGGCCCUGUGAGGAUUGUGGCCUCCACUGCAAGACCUAGGCCCAGACCGCUACCACCAACACCCACUGGGAUGCCUACUAGUCACCGAUGGGGACCAGCUGGGCAGAUGGAGGUUGUCGAUCGGUUAAAUCUUCCAGAACAAGCACUGCUGGUUGUAAAGAGACUUGUUGAUGCUUUAGAAAAAGAAGAGAUCAGGGUGGUGUAUAUGCUUAUGUUCCUGCCUUUUAACCUCCAACAGUCCUAUGAGGAAGGUUAGACUGCAACAGUAUGACUGGCCGAAAGUCACCCGGUGAGAUUCAAGGAUUAGAUAAUGAAGCACUUUACAGAUCCUCUCCCAGUUCCUUUUGUAACCCUCAACUCAAGCAGACACUUCUGAGAGGUAAGAUCUGGAUAUGGAGCUCCAUGAGAUACUUUGAGACAAGUUUCAGGCAUUUGGAAGUCUUUUUUUGCAAGUAGUCCCAUAGCUGUGCAUGAUUCAUCCAGAACCGCAACCAUUACCUAAAUAUGAAUAUCUGUAUCUAUUAGGGUUGCCAGUUCCAGGUAGGGAAAUGCCUAGGGAGAUCUGGUUGUUUUAAAUUAGUGUCAUGGUUCUAGUCGGAGCUUUGAAGAAAGAAAAAGAGUGUAUUGUCGAAGGCUUUCAUGGCCGGAGAACGAUGGUUGUUGUGGGUUUUCCGGGCUGUAUUGCCGUGGUCUUGGCAUUGUAG